AUGGAGAGCAUCUACGCCGUAAUAUUUACCCUAAUCCUGAUGCUCCCUAUCAUCGUCCAGUUGCAAAUGCUAAUCGCAAAUCCAAAGAAGUUUCUCGCUCUGUUCCGCUACUAUUCAACCAACGACGCUACCGACAAAAACUCCGCGCCGAAGCUAUUGCAGCACUAUCCGAAGGAGCCAGGUGUGAUCAAAGCCAGAUCCGACUCCAAGAUGCUGUUAACCAACUUGAGGACCGUUUCGUCUUUGCCCGCCGUGCCCCGCGUGUUAUCGAUCACGAAACCGGGGAGUCACGUCGAUGCGGUUCUGCCGGAGGCGAGGUAUUCGUCCACCUUCCUAAAAACGGACGAGGUGCUUCCGGUGGUGGACAUUACGUGGACCUACAGCUCGUACAGGUACAAAGCGUUCGAGUCGUGCCUGCGGGAUCACUACGGCGCCCGUUACCCGCCAGGGGAAGUCGUGUUGAACUCGAUGCAGUUGCAUCUGCCGGACUCGAGCACGAACGUCGGUCCGCGCUCGGCGGGUCUCUUUGACUUCGUCAAAGAGAGCGAGACGGCGCUGAACGGACCCGAGGUAUCGAGGAAGCUGGAAAUUGAGUAUCUUAAUCCGUUGGAUCACUUUGUGACGAGGCGACUCGGCAGACCCUCGACCGAGGAGAGAUUCACCGAGGCGCCGUGCGAGCGAGCGGACGAGGAACGACGCCAGUCGAUCCACGACGCGCCGCGACGCUCCGAUCCUAUCAGAGACGUAAUCACCCGCCAGGAAAAGAAUGCCAGGAUCAAUCGGAGAUCCUCGAGAAAGAUCGAGACCCCGUCCAGAUGCAAUUUGUCAGCGCCCCGACGUGUUUACGGGCCGAACGAUUCCCAACCGAGAAGAAACGUUCCGUCGCUGGAGAACACGGCCUCUUUGAGACCCAGAACCGAGACUCGAUGGCCCGCGAUCGAUUAG